AGGGGUCUCUCACAACCUUCAGACGUCUGCUGCCAUCAUGCAAGCUCUACACAAGCUCUUCCUUUUUUGUGUCCUGAUGAGUCUGGGGGGAAAUGCCCUUGGAAGUGAAAUCAUAAACGGCAAAAAGACCAAGCAGAAGUCUAGGCUUUACAUGGCCUCAGUGCAGAGCAACCAUGUUCAUAUCUGUGGAGGAUUUCUCAUCUCUGAAGACUUUGUGGUCACUGCAGCACACUGUAAUACCAGUAAUCCUACAGAAGUUGUUCUGGGCACUCAUAAUCUCAACAACGUCAAUGGAAAGCAGAGAUACUCUGUGAAGAAGUGCAUACACCCAUCGUAUGAGGAUAUUGCAUCUGGUAAUGACAUCAUGCUCCUCAAAUUGGCAAAGAAAGCUCGCCUGGGUAAAAAAAGCCAAAUCAAGCCAAUCAAACUUACGAACAAAAAAAUGAAACUUAAAGAGAAAAAAAAGUGCCUUGUUGCUGGAUGGGGUUUGACGAGAACCGGAGGUGAAGUUGUGGAUGAUCUGGAAGAGGUGGAAGUCCCUGUCAUUAACCUGGAGCAGUGUAAGAAACUGUGGAAAAACAAACUUCCUGCUAAGGUAAUCUGUGCAGGUGGAUACAACUCAGAGAAUGGAUUCUGUCAGGGUGACUCUGGUGGUCCUUUGGUGUGCGACCAGAAGGCGGUGGGUGUUGUUUCCUUUAAUAAUGGUUCUUACUGUGACUACCCAGACCUCCCCAACGUCUACACCGACAUUUUCGAAUUCCUCCCCUGGAUAAAAGGCAUUCUCAAGAAAAAGGACUGCUAAUUGUAAGAGUGUUACUGGCGAUCUUAUCAUAAUGGAUUUAUAGGCCCAGAUGACAUUUGCUUGAACUGUGUGAAAGUAGAAUUGGAAUUUUUGUAACUUCUCCCAUCUGUGGAAACACACAGUAAGUUUUAUAUACAAUAAAAGUUUCCGACCAUG